UAAACUUAUUAAAUAGAUUGAAUGACGUUAGUAGAACACAAUUCCACUUCUGGUCUCCCAGCCUCGGGCGUCCCCCGUCACUCAGAGGGGGGCUCCGGGCACGGUCAAGGGGGGUUUACAGAGGACGAAAACCAGACACUUUUGCUGCUGAGGUCAAAUAAAGAGAAGUUGUUAGCAGAUAUCCAGCAAAUCAGACGUGAGAUCACAGAAGUCACGUCCAGAAUGAAUGAGUUGCAGUCUGAAGUUGACAGACACACUGAGCCCAAAGUGUUGGAUGCGAUCGAAUUGUUCAACCAAGGCCAGUUCCCACAGUGCUUUGCCCGACUGGCAGAAGUCAACGCCACCACAUCAACAUCUGCUAAUGGAAACACGAACAAUAAUAGUAGCGGUAUUAACAGACAGAUCUCUAGUAGUAAUACAGAAGACAGUGAAGCAACAGCAGAAAAUGAAUCAACAGGAGUCAACAGGGAGUGUUCACCAGAGGAGAAAGCGAACUUCCUGUCUAGCAACAUGGCCCAGUUGGACCUGGAGAAGUUCCACAAGUACCUCUACAAGCCCAACAACCAACUGGUGAUGCGCAACUUCCUCCUGGCAGUGCCCAUUCAGGGACUCACUCUGCUAGAUAGUGUGCGCAAGUGCUUCGCUUCUCUUCUAUUCAACGAAGCAGAAUCAGAUGUUAUCACGAGAAUUUACAGGUACAUUUCGGAAAGCUAUUUCCUGCAGAACCCGGAGGAAGCGGAAAAGGUGUUUGGCUGCGAGGAUGCGUGUGAGUUCGCGGCAGGCGCCAUCGUCUUCAUUAACACCUCCAUGAACAACAACAACGUCAAGGACAAGAUGACAGAAGAUGAUUUUGCCAGCUACGGACAGUGCCGCGAAGUGAAAGAGAUGACCCCCAAUGGAAUCCCAAAAGACUACUUAGUGAGUGUCUACAGAGAACUGAAGAAGAAUCCCCUACAACUCCGCAGUGCCAACUACAGUCCCCACAAGAGUGUACUCAAGCAGGGCUCAUUGUAUAAAGAGGGAGGCCAAUACAGAACGUGGAAGAAACGCUUCUUCGUGCUUCAUUCGGAUUUCUUGUACUACUACGUCAAUCCUCAGGACGAGAAACCGAAAGGGAUUAUUGUGCUGGCGAAUCUGGACGUGCGUCCCACUGGUGACUCCUCCCGCAAGUUUUGCUUCGAGCUGGUGUCCCGAGAGAGCAGAGACCGACUGCCACAGGUCAUCAAAGCCACCAAGGCCACAGAGGGGGGCACACAUGUCAAGGGAAAACACUCCAGGUACAUAAUGAGUGCGAGUAGUGAGGAAGAGAGAGACGAAUGGAUAGUGGCCAUCAAAGACACCCUCAAAGUGGACAUGGUGUAUGCACUGCUCCAGUGGAGACAGAACAACAAACUCAGUCAACACUCUUCACUAGGACAGGCCUCGUUCUGAAGUCCUGAAAGUUGAAGCUCCUUGCCAGAGUUUAAGAAAAUAUCACAGUUAACGAAAAGGUGUCCCAUUAUCAUCAUCAGAAUCGAAGCACCCAGUGAUUUAGCUCCAAAUAACCUAGAUAAAAGUCCUCAUUGAGUUUGAUUCUUCAAACAAAAGAUGCCAUUUAAUCACAAAGCACCAAAAUAUCACGAUGAAAGAUGUCUCAUUCUAGAAGAUGACCCAAUAGAUCGUUCGACAAAAACUUCCAUGUCCUUCAGAUCUGGAAAUUUCCAUAUCAGAUCUCCAUAUAGCCCACUGUAUCACAAAAAGACUAACACGCUGCAUUUAUUAGAUGGAAAAAAUUAUAAUUACAUAAGUGUCUAUAAACCAGUCGGUUUUUUCCUGCGCGCGAUGAUGCCCCUGGAAAUCCUCACAAGUUACUUGCCUCGUAAAUUGUUAGAAGACAGAAAUUUCAAUCUCAAUUAGAGUUUUAUAGCAGUCAUGAUGCGUCCAAAUUUUGCAAUAAAGGAAAGGCUGCAAUCCAGUAUGUUUUGAUACCACUCAAUUCUCUCUUUUUGUGCCAAACUUUCAACGAACUUUGAAAAUUUGUCACUGAAUAGGUGAAGGAUAGUCGUCCGAAUUACACAUUCAUGUCAAUUUACCACUCUUCUUGUCGAAAACAUCCUUCGAAACACGACGUGGUCUUGUCUCGUAAAGUAAGAAAGAUCAAUAGAUUAAGAACUGAAUUCUCCAAAAAAUUCUAAAAACCCCUCACACCUCUUAGUGAGAGAAUUUGUCAUAUGAUGGGCGAUGCAUCUCAACAACUCUGCAGCCUCGAAACAGCAUCAUCCGUCGUUUCUUUGAUUCUAUUUUGUCAGCUCCUACGCUUCUUGAAUAUAGCAACUGUGGUAUGCAAAUAUACUCAGCUUUUUGAUGCAGCGACUCUAUGUAGGGGAUUGUGAAAGAAAGUUUGAAAAACGGUAAAAUGGCAUUCAAGAGAAAAUAAGACUGAAUGAGAAAAAUUUGAAUAAACUUUAUUUCUCUAUAUACGCUUUGCUAUUUAUAACUGAACUGUCCUCAGUUUUUUGUUUUUGCUUUUCUAAAUAUUUAUACAGCGCUCAAUUUUUGACAAUAUUUCGGUAGCUGAUAAAUUAAAAA